ACGAGGCACUAAAAAACAUUGUCGUCUGUGCUAGGGCGAGGAUCAUUUGCUACUAUUACCGAGUAAAAUAUACGUAUAAAUUAAAAAAAUUUGCGCCAAUUAAUGUUGCAAUUUGUUACUAACAGAAUAUUGACAAAAAAUAUCGAAAAAAUGUUAUAUGAAAAACGCGGUAUUUCUAGGCAGAAAUUCUGAAAAAGACGGUGAAAAAAAUUUUACAUCAGCAAAAGAGACGAAAGGAAAAUUUUGUGUGUACCAACGAAACAGCAAAUAAAACGUAACAUAGGAGAACGGAUAAACAAGGUGAAGAGUGAGUGCGAGAGAGAGCGCGUUAGUUGAUGUUAGCUGAAAGGAAGUGGGAAAGAGAGCCUACUGUGUUGGCGUAUUUUCUUUCGAAUAACAGGACAGGGAUUUUCGCAUCGCCGUGUUGUAGGUGGUGACCACGAUAAAUCAAAUUGGAAAUGAUGGAAAGUUAUGAAGAAGCACCAAUUAGUCGUGCACAUACUGUUCAGUGUGAUUUGCAUGAUAUAAAAAUUCAUAAACAAUGUUUGUCCGCCAAAUGCACUGCUCUGGCGGGUAAUAAACAGAACUUUAAUUUUGGCGCCGAAAUUAGUAUUGGCACACAAACAAUAGUAUCAGAACGCGAAAACAAUAUAAAAACAAACAGGGAAAAUAUAGCAACGGUUGCGGUAGCAGCAUCCUCCGCCUCGCCCGAUGAUAAUGAAGUAUCAGGUAUAGAAAUGCCAUUGAAUGUGGCGGAAUUACCAUUAAAGGAUAGGUUUGCCACCGAUCAAGGCAGUCAGGUUGAUGAAGAUGAUGACGGCGGUGAUAGUUUUCAAUCAGACGAUAUGGACGAGGACGGCAAUGAAGAUUUACAACAAGAACGUAAUGAAAAUAUACAUAAUGAUGUUUCGCAGGAGAGUGAUGAAUCCACUUCCGAUUCAGAUUUUUCUGAUUUGAGUGGACUCUCAGAUAUGUCUGGUCGCGAAUGGAAGCCGAUAAGUGCGAGACCUAUAAAUUGGGUGCAGAAACAAAUUCACGCUGGUGCUAAUCCACGUGAUUUACUUUCCCAAAUGUUGCCUUCUAACGCACAUCCAAUUGCACCGGGUGUGAAUGAUAUGAUGUUGUGGCGCAUAUUGGCCAGCAUGCUGUCGGAACCGCCACGCCGCCAAAAGUUACGUUAUAUCAACACAUUCGAGGAUGUUAUUCAACUGAUUCAGCAAUCGAAAAACAUUAUUGUCUUAACUGGCGCAGGAGUUUCCGUAUCUUGUGGCAUACCAGAUUUCCGCUCUAGCGAUGGCAUCUACAGCCGUUUGGCCAAGGACUUUCCCAAUCUACCCGAUCCCCAAGCCAUGUUUGACAUCAACUACUUCUCAAGUGAUCCAAGACCAUUUUAUAAGUUUGCGCGCGAAAUAUAUCCCGGCCAAUUCAAACCGUCGCCCUGUCAUCGUUUUAUAAAACUGCUAGAAGAAAAGGAAAAAUUGCUGCGGAAUUAUACGCAAAACAUCGACACUUUGGAACAAGUAGCUGGCAUAAAGAAUGUAAUAGAAUGUCAUGGGUCAUUCUCAACCGCUUCCUGCACAAAAUGUAAAGUCAAAUGUACCGCAGAUGCAAUACGAGAUGAUAUUUUUUCUCAACGUAUACCCGUUUGUCCGUGUUGUCAGCCCAAUGUGCAUCAGAGUGUUAACGCCUCUGAUGCGGUGUCUGAUGCAGAUUUGAGAAAGCUUGUGGAGAAUGGUAUAAUGAAACCAGAUAUUGUAUUCUUUGGCGAAGGUCUUCCCGAGGAAUUUCACACCGUCAUGGCCAAUGACAAAGAUAGAUGUGACCUGUUGAUUGUUAUAGGUUCUUCUCUUAAAGUACGGCCGGUAGCAUUAAUUCCCAGCUCUAUACCAGCAAAUGUACCCCAGAUACUCAUCAAUCGGGAGCAGUUGCAUCACCUUGAAUUCGAUGUUGAAUUGUUGGGUGAUUCAGAUGUUAUCAUUAAUCAGCUUUGUCAUCGCUUAGGUGACGACUGGAAAGAAAUCUGCUACGACAAUGUUGUAUUAAGAGAAUCCAAGGAGCUCUUAUCCAUAGAGGAGGAAGAAAACAACUACGAAUGUGAGGAGGAUGGCCAACAGAUGCUAGAUACAGACACACAGUCGGUCAAAUCCAGCGCAUCCACAGAUAUAGUGCUACGCUCGGCAGGUGCUUAUUCAGACAGUGGCUUCGAUUCGUCCACAUCAUCUGGCAUGGUGCUUGCUAAACCCACGUCGAGUGUGGCCAAAAAAGAGGCCAACGAGGCGAUUGAAAAGAUCAAGAGCACCAUAUUGGAAAUGAAUCACCCGUUAACGAAGACCCGCCAAAGUUGCGAUUCGUUGUCAGUUGACUAUUUAGAAGAGCCUAGUGAUAUGGUGGAUUUUGAAAAUCGUUCCUUCCAACCUUUUAACGCGCACGUAAGUGAACCACAUCAUCACCACAUUGCGUACGAUGUGAAUGCACGUCAUUUGUCAAUUGAUUCAUCCAAGGACAGUGGCAUACUAGGUGACUCGUCCAAUUCCGCGCUGAUUUCGAAUAAUGUCAUUGGCCAACUGCCGCCACCUGUUACAAAUUUCGGUGAUAGUGGGGGCACAACAGCUAUCACAGACUUGUCGUUAGCUUCCCCAACCUGCGCAGAUAACAUAAAUACACCCUCAGUAACACUGGAUGCGGCAGAGAUGCCACAAUUGGCAAGCGAUACCGAAAACAAAUCAGCACCCGUUACAAUACGUCUUAGCGAGAAAAAAUACCGAACUGCAGCGGAACGUUUGCUCGAAGGUACAUACUAUGCGCACGAUGCCUCCUCAGCUUACGUUUUUCCAGGUGCGCAAGUCUCUUGGUGGUCCGAUGUCGAGGACGAGAAUGAGGAUAACGACAUAAUUGGGAAUGAUUAUAAUGAUCAAGAUGAGGAUGAUAUCGAUGCGAGUGGCGGGCCGCUUUCGCCGCUCUUACCACCAUCUGUGGAGGCGGAAGUCGUUAGUGAAAUAACAACAACAAAUGCAUUUGCAAUUUGCGCUAAGCAAACGCUGCCGGCGACAUACAACAACGGCGGCGAGGUCUACCAAGCUGAAACAGAAGUGCAAACGGUUAGCAAUAAAUCACCGUGUAUCUCAAGCAAUGCAACAACAACAACAUACGCCUACGGCGAAACUGAAAACACCGUGGCAAUAUCGCCGUCACCGUCACCGUCACCAUCGCCCCGAAAGAAACUUUGUAAAUGUCCGCCAGUUCUGAGCAGCAGUAAAAGUAAUACAGCCACUACCGCAAGCAAUAGUAGUAGUAGUAGCAGUAGUAGUAGUAAUAGUAGUAUUGACAAAUUUGAAUGCAGUCCGCCUGCCUGCAAGCGUAAGCGCUCAAGAGACGAUAAUGAUGUGUUGAUCAAUCAUCCAACUAGCAAUUUAGACUAUGUCUUGACAGAAACAAGUAUUUGCGUGGGAGAGAAAAGUAUAAUCGACGCUACACUAACACUGAGGAGUGAUACAGCCGAGGCGUUGUCAACGAAAGGAACAACACAGCAGCAGGUGCAAAAUUAAAUAUCGUUAACGCUCAUCUUACUUCUUUGGCGCCUGCAGCACACUUAUUUGAACUUACAAAUGAUGGGGAACUAGAAGAAACACAAAAGUAUGCAUUAAUUAAACUUAUUUAUUUUUUGCUAUUUUUUUUUUUUUAAGUAUAACUAGAAAUGCAUUUGACGUAAUGUCCAAUUAAACAUAUAAGUCUUACGUAAAAAGAACAUAA